AAAAGAACUUCGGUGGUCUGCCAGCAGUGUUAGCUAGUAGCCGCCAACCCGUGUCAUGGCACGGGAAAAUACAUUCAGUUGCAGCUCUGAUCUCACUGAGAGCUCGGCCUCGAGCAAUGGCAGAGAGUCUGAUGACGUUGAGACAGAGCUGUAUUCCAGAUCUACAGCCUCGCAAUCUCCUGGCAAGCAGAGGAGACUGCCGCCAGAGUCAGAGUGGACGACCGUCAUGCUGAAGAAUUUGCCUGACUGUUUCACGCGUGCCCGGCUUGUCUACCUCCUGUCCAAGGAGGGCUUUGCUGGAGCCUUCGACUUUCUAUACGUUCCCCUGUGCUUUAAGGAGAAGCUCUCCCUGUGCUAUGCCUUCAUAAAUUUCGUGAACAUCGAGGCUGCAGAACGCUUCUGGAAGCGCUUCCACGGGUUUCAGGAAUGGGGAGUGCCCUGUCGUCAAGUGGGGGAGGUGUGCUGGUGCGAGCGACACCAGGGCUUGAGCAGCAUCAUCCAGUACUACCGGAACAACUCCGUGAUGCACCCCGACGUCCCCGACGAAUGCAAGCCCAUCCUUCUCAUAGCUGACCAGAGGGCGCCAUUUCCUCCGCCCACAAAGAAGAUCAAGCUUCCCAAAAAGGCGAAGGCUGACGGCAAUGAAGCUGCGCGUUCUGGCUCCCAGCGCAUUGCACCCCUGAUGGUCAUCACAGUCUCCUGGUGAACUUCGCUUGAUCGGGGACACUAAACCGGAACCGGUGCCAAGCAUCACCUCUCAGCAUAGUUCAGAUGAGUCACGUCCUCAAAACCCGGGCAAGUGAAGG